AUGCAGCAAGCGAACCUCUCAGAGGACACCUGCCGAGAUGAAGUGAGUGCUCAAUUGCAACCGUUGGUUGGUUUCGAUGAGGAGAGUGACAGCGGCUCGGAUGGCGAGCGGCGGCGCUUGCGGACGGAGCGGAAGGUUACGAAGCUACUAGGCCGGAAGUAUGAUUCGAUCAUGAAGGCGGUGGAGGAGGACCCCAUGCUCUUCCGCGAUGCCAUCUUCAAGAUCGAGCCCUUGAACGGGCGGCUCUGGCCCCACACGCAAGUGACCUGUGCCUGCUGCUUCUGCCCCAAGGAUGCGCUCGUGUAUUGCGCCACGGCGUAUCUCUCGGCAGUCGGACAGGAGGAUCGCGCGCCUUUGGUCUUGAAGGGGCUCGGCAUCGGCCCCAAGGCCACGUUCUCCUACGACGAGCUGGAUGUCGGCAAUGUCUUCGUCGAGAGCGCACAUCGAUACGAGGUGCAGCUGCUCAACCAGGGAGACAUCGAAGUCGACUUCCGACUAGUCCAUCGAGAGGGCAAGUUCGCCCCGAGGUUCAAAUUUACCCCCGACCAUGGCACGAUCGCGGUUGGCGGCCAGUGCGAGAUUGUCGUGGAUUUCAAGCCAAAGGAGCUUGGCCAGUUUCACGAGGUUUUCGAGUGGGCUUUGCAAGGCAGAACAACCGCCGUCACCUUGGCCUUUCGGGGCACGUCGGUGCGACCAAAGUUCGAAUUCGAUGUUGACAAGAUUAACUUCGGCACCGUGAGCUUCGGGUUCCUGAACUCGAGGAUGCUGACGCUCACGAACACCUCGGAGGUGCCCUGCUACUACACGUUGAUGGUGAAGGGAGAUGAGGCCCCACCCAGCAACGAGUUCGAGAUCAUCCCGUCUCGCGGCACCUUGCUGCCGAACUGUGCACAGCGAAUUCAGGUAGAUUUCAUCAGCAGCACGGAAAAGAAGUACGACACCAGGCUCUCCGUCGAUCUGGAGGGCGUUGGGAAGGAACUCCUUUCCAUUCCCAUCUUCGCCCAGUGCGCCGUGCCAACAGCAUGGGACCCGGUUUGGGAGGGGGGGGGGGUGGGCGGCGUGAAGACGGCAGGUGCCGGCUUCCAUUGA